CGGAAGCGAAGGUCCCAGCGUCUUUUCCCGUCGUUUGUGAGCUCACUGCACAGGAGCAGUCAGUAGAUAAUUUGAGUUGUUGAGACCACAGAUCCUGUUUUUUGUGAACAGUGACGGGCGACAGCCUUGUUUGGAGGCGCGGCUGUUGACUUGGACUGGGUGAUUUCAUCGGCCCGGGUUUCCGUUGUACCUGGGACUUCAGGAGAGUGUCCGUGCUCUCAGCGUGGGGGCAGGUUUUCAUUCUAUGCCAGUCAUGCCCUUAGGAUGGAACAUGGCAUAAAGUCAGAGGUGUCGUCAGCAUUUAAAUGCGAUUGAAGCCUGGACAGCCCGGAAAGGAAUCCUCAGGCAUGGAUGAUAAAGGAGACCCGAGCAGUGAUGAAGCGCCCAAGGCCAUCAAACCUACAAGUAAAGAGUUCAGGAAAACCUGGGGCUUCCGAAGAACCACGAUUGCCAAGCGUGAGGGUGCGGGAGACGCCGAAGCGGACUCUCUGGAGCAGGUGCCGCAGCCGCCGCAGCAGAGCCUUUCCUUGCGACGCAGUGGGAGGCAACCAAAGCGCACGGAAAGGGUGGAGGAGUUCCUUACGACCGUCAGGCGCAGAGGGAGGAAGAGCGUUCCUGCCUCCCUGGAAGACUCGGCCGAGCUGACGUCAUGUCCAGUCACCGAUGUCGAAACUGCCUCUGAAGGCAGCGUAGAAAGCACCUCUGAGAUCAAAGGCGGCCCCAAGUCUGGCGCCCCAGAUGUUAAGGAACGCCCAACCUCUUCUGAAAAGGCAAAAGGAGGUGACGAGGAGGAUGACACCUCUGACAGUGACAGUGAUGGGCUGACUUUGAAAGAACUUCAGAAUCGCCUUCGAAGAAAGCGAGAACAAGAGCCAACCGAUAGGCCCCUGAAAGGCGUACAGAACCGCCUGAGGAAGAAGCGGCGUGAGGAGGACCCAACAGAGACUGUGGAUGUUGAGGCAGGUGACGCCGUUGAGAGCCCGCCGCCUAGCAAGCCCGAGCCUGAGGCUGACCAGGUGGCCGUGUUCCAGGUGGCGAGAGAUGACAAGGAGAGUAAGCCGGAAGGGAGAGCAGCUCAGGGACUUAAAGAGGAAGAGCCCAGAGAGUCGAUCAAGCACAAACCCGAGUGUGAGGUUUACGACCCCAGUGCCCUGUACUGCCUGUGCCGACAGCCUCAUAACAACAGGUUUAUGAUCUGCUGUGACCGAUGUGAAGAAUGGUUUCAUGGCGACUGUGUGGGCAUUUCUGAGGCUCGAGGGAGGCUUCUGGAAAGGAAUGGGGAAGAUUAUAUCUGCCCAAACUGCACCAUUCUGCAAGUGCAGGACGAGACUAAUUCAGAAACCACAGAUCAGCAGGACCCUAAAUGUAGACACGGAGAUGCUGAUGGCACAGAUUUUACCAGCAUAGGAAUAGUAGAACAAAAAUCUAGUGAAGACCAAGGAAUAAAGGGUAGAAUUGAGAAAGCUGCAAAUCCAAGCGGAAAGAAAAAGCUCAAGAUAUUUCAGCCUGUUGUCGAGGCUCCUGGUGCCUCGAAGUGCAUUGGCCCCGGCUGUUGUAACGUGGCACAGCCCGACUCGGUUUACUGCAGCAGUGACUGCAUUCUCAAACAUGCUGCGGCUACUAUGAAAUUCCUAAGUUCAGGUAAAGAACCAAAACCAAGACUUAAAGAAAAGCUCAAGACGAAACCAGAAAAGCUCAGUCUUCCAAAAUGUACCGUUCAGGCUGGCAUUAAAAUUUCUUCUAUGCACAAGAGACCAGCUCCAGACAAAAAAGAAAACAUUGUGAAGAAGACUGUGGUGGCACCUUCUCGGAGCGACGCGCCUGUUACAGAAACAACGCCGGGAAGCAGCACGCCAUCUUGGGCAAGCGACCACAAUUACAAUGCAGUGAAGCCAGAAAAGACUGCUGCUCUUCCAGUGUCACUGUUGUGUAAAUCCGUGAAGGAUGACAAGAGGGCGAGAGAGAAGAGGGUGGCCGCUGUCACCGUGCCCAAGAAAACGGCUCCUUCAGGUCCUGCGCUCAGCAAGCAGCCUCCCCUGUCUGGGAAUCUCGCCCUGAAGAAGUCGCCUGCUUUCACUCGUAUGUCAGCAGCCAAGCAGGCCACUAAGAAGUCGCCCUCGGGUUUCAAAGGCACGAUACCCAGGAGGCCCUGGUUCGCGCCCGCGGGCAGUGCCCCUGCUGCCAAGCCUCCGGGGCUGGCGCCUGCAGCAGCAGCGUCCACCCCCAAGAAGCUGCCUGGCUCAGCUGUGGGCCCUGCUGCUGUGGCUGGAGCACUGAGGAAGCCAGGGCCUCCGUCUGCUCCCGGGGCCUCCCCAGCACCGGGACGGCUCGGGGCUGCGAGUCCCGCCCCAUCACAGCCAAAUUCGCAGAUUCGACAGAAUAUCAGGCGCUCUCUAAAAGAGAUUUUGUGGAAAAGAGUCAGCGACAGUGACGACCUGAUCAUGACAGAGAACGAAGUGGGCAGAGUUGCCCUCCAUAUCGAGAAGGAGAUGUUCAGCUUGUUUCAAGUUACAGACAAUCGCUACAAGAGCAAAUACCGCAGCAUCAUGUUCAACCUCAAGGAUCCUAAAAACCAGGGACUUUUCCAUCGUGUUCUGCGUGAAGAAAUCUCUUUGGCAAAACUUGUGAGAAUGAAGCCAGAAGAACUCGUAUCUAAAGAACUUUCCAUGUGGAAAGAGAGACCAGCAAAAUCUGCGAUAGAGGCCAGAGCUAAAUUGCAUAACGAAAGCAAGAAGACUGCCGUGAAACAGGAGACCAUCCCCGACAUGGAAGACUCUCCGCCAGUGUCGGAUUCGGAUGAACAGCAAGAAUCGGUGCGAGCUGUACCUGAAAAGAGCUGUGCACCCCUUCUGGACGUCUUCAGCAGUAUGCUGAAAGACACCACCAGCCAGCACCGCGCUCACCUGUUUGAUCUCAACUGUCGAAUCUGCACAGGUCAGGUUCCAUCUUCAGAAGAUGAGCCAGCGCUGAAAAAACCAAAGCUGUUAACUUCUGCUAAGAGAGAAGACGCCAGGUCCAGGUACGACAGCGUGCACUCGGAGCCUGCUCCUCACGCAGACGAAGGGAUGCCAGAAAGUCCACCCGAGGGCGCUGCUGAGCCCGAGCCGGAGCGCAUGCCUCGCCCAGAGGCGGAGAGAACCUGUCCCCCUGUCCCUCCAGAACUCGGCCAUCCAGAGCCAUCCCCCUUGCAGGACUUCACCUCCUUCCCGGCCUCCUGUGGGGGCCCUGUGGUCACCACGGUCACAGUGUCUGGCAGAGACCCCAGGACUGUGCCAAGUGGUGUGAGCACAGUCCCAGCCUCCACGGCCGCCCGCCCCACCAGCAGCCUUCUCCCGGACAGCGCCCACACUGCAGAAACCAAACAGGACGCUCUGAAGCCUGCCCUGACCUCUGUGGUGAUGCCCAAGUCCAUCCUGGCCAAGCCGUCCUCGUCACCGGAACCAAGGUGCUUGUCAGUUUCUUUGUCACUGAGCAUCAGCAUCUCAGAGUCGCAGUCCCCCCCCGAAGGAGACACAACGCUCUUCCUGUCUCGGCUUGGCACCAUCUGGAAAGGCUUCAUCAACAUGCAGAGCGUGGCGAAAUUCGUCACGAAGGCGUAUCCUGUGUCGGGGUGUUUUGAUUACCUCAGUGAGGAUUUGCCAGACACGAUUCACAUCGGAGGGAGGAUCUCACCGAAGACGGUCUGGGAUUAUGUUGGCAAACUCAGAUCUUCUGUGUCCAAGGAGCUUUGUCUGAUCCGCUUCCAGCCGGCGACAGAGGAAGAGGAGGUCGCCUACAUCUCCCUGUACUCGUAUUUCAGCAGCCGCGGCCGUUUUGGGGUGGUCGCUAACAACAACAGGCACAUCAAGGACCUCUACCUGAUCCCGCUGAGCGCUAAGGACCCCAUCCCAUCCAAACUCUUGCCGUUUGAGGGACCAGGUCUUGAGUCACCACGUCCAAAUAUAAUCCUGGGCUUAGUAAUCUGUCAGAAAAUAAAGCGUCCUUCAAACGCCGGAGAGCCGGACAAGAUGGAGGAGAAGCGGAGCCGACUUCAAGAAGACACGGAUGCCUCCGUCUAUCCCAAAAUAACUCCUACUUCUCAGGCCGACAAGAAGGCCUCCAAGUAUCAGCUCUACCCCACGGACACCGCUGCCAGCACCCCGCCCCCCGGGUCCCCGCCUCCGCCCCCGCCCCCGCCCCCAGAACCACCGGUGGCUCCAGCUUCGGCAUCGUCCGUGUUAAAAAUCCUGUCCCUCCAAACGGGAGCCCUGGACACUGCCACGGCAGCCGCGUCCCCAGCCAUUACAGCUGUGGCUUCCGCGGCCACCUCGUCUGCCUCAAAGACAGCUUCGCCCCUUGAGCACAUCCUACAGACUCUUUUUGGGAAGAAGAAAUCAUUUGACCCCCUCGCCAAAGAUCCAGCGGAGUCCGCCACAGCCUCCAUGCAGGACUCCAAGGCCAAAGUGGACGAUGCAGUGUCGUCAGCCCCGCUGCUGGACCCCAUCGUUCAGCAGUUCGGUCAGUUCUCAAAGGACAAAGCUCUGGACGAGGAGGAGGAUGAUCGGCCCUACGACCCCGAGGAGGAGUAUGAUCCUGAGAGGGCCUUCGACACGCCGCUGCCCGAGAGGGGCAGACACCACGACCCAGAAACGGCUGCCGAGCCCGCGGAGCGAGAGGAGGUGGCCUACGACCCGGAGGAUGAGACUAUUCUAGAAGAAGCCAAAGUGACUAUCGACGACCUGCCCAACCGAAUGUGUGCCGACGUUAGAGGCAGCACCACAGACAGGUCUGCCGACUAUGCUUCCGGUAUCCCCCCUCCGUCUUUGGUCGAACAACAGAAGAUGUUGGAAGAACUGAACAAGCAGAUCGAGGAGCAGAAGAGACAGCUAGAGGAGCAAGAAGAAGCUCUCCGGCAGCAGAGGGCUGCUGUCGGGGUCUCCAUGGCCCACUUCUCCGUGUCGGACGCCUUGAUGUCACCCCCUCCGAAGUCGGCGCUGACCAAGGCCGAGCUGUUCCAGCCGGAGCAGCAGACCCCAGACCGGCCGGCCUUACCUCCCGCCACAGCCCAGGCAGCCCAGGGCCCAGAGGCCAGGCCCAGCCGCGACCCACGGCAGGCCAGGAGACUGGCCACCGAGAGCGGGGAGACUGAGGUGCUCUCGAGGCCACUGGCCAACCCCGCCUGCAGCACCCCGUCCCCGGGAGACACUCCUGGGGAAAAGGCCUUGCCGAUGCUCAGCCAGGACGGCCAGCAGAGUGCACCCCCCGAGAACUCAGCCAGGCACCUGGCAGAGGGCGCGCGGCCCCCCGGGGCUGCAGACACCACGGCCAAACCUGUGCGCAAAGUCCUGCUGCCGACGCCCCCCAGCGCUGCCUUCCAGCCCAGCUUCCCUCUGCAGAACUUCAGCCCUCCUGGAGGAAAUGACCCGCCCCCAAGCACAGUGUUUGCAUCUCAGGAAAAAUCUCUCAGUUCGGCCCAGUGUGAGGAUCCGAGAAACCCUCAGUUUGCUGAGAAAAAUGACAACACGACAGCUGAACCGGAGGGAGACAGAGAGCCACAGCCCAAGCCCAGUGAGGGGUCUGCUGCGUUCCCCCUACCUGCGCAGAAAGCGGGGGGCCUGCUGCCCCAGUUCCAGGGACAGCGGGAGCCUGCACCACGCACUUUUGGAAUGUCAGGGCUCCAUGGUCCCAGCUUUCCAGGACCGAGGGGGCCAGUCCCCCCAUUUCCAGAUGACGGUGUUGGUAACGACGGACCACGGGGACCUUUGCCCACCCGGUUCGGGGCCCAGAAGGGGCCUAUCCCUUCUUUGUUCUCUGGGCAGCAGGGGCCACCUCCUCACGGGGAUACCAGAGGCCCCUCGCCCUCAUAUCUCGGUGGGCCUAGAGGGGUGGCACCACCCCAGUUUGAAGAGCGCAGAGACCCCCACGCGGAGAAGAGAGAGUUCCAGGACGCCGCUUAUGCCGAAAUGGCUGCCCCUUCGGCCCAGUUUGAAGGCCCGGAGCAAGCCCCAUUCGUGGGGCCUCGGGGCGCCGCACCUUUCCAGUUUGGAGGCCAGAGGAGGCCGCUGCUGUCACAGUUCAAAGGGCCCAGAGGAGGGCCUCCUCCCUCCCAGUUUGGAGGCCAGCGAGGACCACCCCCUGGCCAUUUUGUGGGCCCGAGGGGGCCCCAUCCCAAUCAGUUUGAAGGGCCCAGAGGCCAGGCCCCAAACUUCAUGCCAGGGCCCCGUGGGAUUCCACCACAGCAGUUCGAGGAGCAGAGGGUGAACUCGCCACCACGGUUUGCGAAUCAGAGGGCGCCGGGCCCCCUCCAGUUCGGGGGACCCAGGGGCUCCGUGCCCUUUUCGGAGAAGAGCGAGCACACCCCGUCACGCUUUCACUUCCAGGGCCAGCCCCCACAGGGCAUGAAGCCAACGCCCAGGCCCCUGCUGGAGCUCCCCAGCCACCCCCCGCAGCUCAGGAAGGACCGCUGGGACGAUGCCGGCCCUGCCGCCGCCCUGGCUGCCAACGCACCUGCACUGGGGCCCGAGCCCGAGGCGCCGUGGCCGCCGGCAGACUUUCGAGAGGGCAAGGGCCACGAGUACAGGAGCCAGGCCUUCGAGGGGCGGCCGAGGGAGCGGUUCGAGGCCGGGCCCAAAGAGAAGGCCCUGGACGAGUCUGAGGCCCAGCUGCCAGACGGUCGGCAGGGCCGGGCGUUUGAGGACAGACGUCGCGAGCGGGAGCACGGGAAGGCCUGGGAGCGUGACCGCGGCAAGAGCUGGGGCCGCGACCGGGACUGGGACAGACACAGGGAUAAGGAGUCAGGCCGCGAGUGGGACAAGAGCAAGGAGAGGGGCGCCAACAGGGACAAGGAGAGAGAGGUGGAGCGGAGCAGGGACUGGGACAGAAGCCGGGACAGGAACCGAAACCGGGACCGGGACCGGGACAGGAGGCGCGACCGGGACAGGUCUCGGAGCAGAGACCGGGACCGCGACAAAGCCAGAGACAAGGACCGGGAGAAGGGCCGAGAGCGGAGAGACAGGAGCCGCAGCAAAGAGCGGGCGCGCGAGCCGAAGCCGGACGCCCCUCGGGGCCCUGACCCGGGAGGGCCCGUCCCUUCUGCCCAGUCCUAGAGGUGUGAGUCAGCCGGGCCCCAGCCUUGCUCUCCUGUGUAGAUAGUCUCGGCCUGGCAGAAAUCCUUUUAAAAGCCAAGUUUAUAAAAUGUGUUGAACAAAUAGUUUUUCAAAUGGCUAUGAACUUAGAUGAAGAACUGAAUAUUCUGGACUUCAGAAUUACUGUAAUUUUGUGUGUAAUGGUUUCUUACAAAAUUUCACAUCUUUUCAAUUCUGAUGCUUUUGUAAAAAUCUGAGAACUCUUAAUAUUUCCAUUUAAAAUGACAGAAAUGGGAAAGUCGACAAAAGCAUAUUGCUUUUUCAGAUUAUAAAGUUAUCUUUUCUAAGAACUCGACUGUUGUACAUUUUAAGGGGAUUUUGGUGGACCUGAAAGCCAUACUUUGCUGACAUCCGCAUUUCUGUCUUUAAAAAGAUGCUCUUGGUAUCCGUCUUCAGCGGCUUUCCGUAGGGGUGAGGUGGUGUCGGGGUAGGGGUGUCACGGGGUGGCCUGCAGGUAUUUGUGGCAAGAUUGUGGAAAAGCAGUGUUACUAGUUUGUAUCUGGAGUGUUGAGAAACACAAAACGUACACGUGCAUUUUUGUUUUGUUAUAAAGAAGUUUGAGUUUCAGAAUUUCAGCCAAGAAACAAAAACACAUUUCUUAGUUUUGCUCAGUUUUUAUAUAUUGUCUUACUUUUGUUUCUUCCCCCAACAACGUGAUUAAAAGCAACAUCUGUCUGAGUAGAAAUUGUUGUGUUUUAAGUAACAAUUUAUUGUUGUUUACAUGUUACCAUCCUAAAGAGAGUAAAUGAACUAAUGAAGUGUGCUUUUUAAAAGGGGGGGGGGUCUUUGUUUUGAGUAAUCAGGAGCUUUUUACUUGUAGAGUUUGAUCCUCUGACCAGUCUUCCUGUGUCCCAGGGAAUGUGCACUAAGCUUCCAACUGUUGCAUUUGUCAGGUGAUGUAAAGUUUGUCAUUGAAAAUGGAACAGUAUUUGUAUAAAGUCUGAAACAGAAAAUAGUGAUAUCAGUUCAAGAACUAUAAACUAAAUAGAAAUUGUUUGACUGAAAUACAGCGUCCGGCUUCUGCCAUGUGUUUUUCAAGUUCUUCUGAAGUGUGAAUAGAGAAAACGUUGCUAAUUUAUUUGACUGUACAAAUACACUUUGAUAAUUUUUUUAUAUUUUCAUAAACUUACUUUUGCAAAUGUAAAAUUAGAGAUUUUCAUUUGUUCUUGGGAGUCUGUUAUUCCGUUGUACAUCGCUACAGAUUUUUCACUUUAUAGCACAAAUUUUUAAGUUACGAAAACAUGGAGAAUUUAAAAUUUGGGAUGAUUGGUAUUAUACCAAUCAGGUAGGUUAAAUUACAUUAAAGUAGGUGUCAAGUUCCAACAUCUAAUACAAUAUGAAGGGUUUUUUACUUAUAAAAUUAAAAUUUUCUAAUUUAAAUACACAAAUGUAAAAAUCAAGCGUGUUUCUUUAGGUUUACUUGAUAGAAAUUUCUGUAAAUUGUAUUUUAUAUUGCAGACUGUAUCACUGGACAUGAAA